CAUGUAAUAAUGUUUUACAUUUUAAUUUUUGUUGUUUCGGGAAUACAUGGUUUUCAGUUUCAAAAGAAUGAUUUGCGUAUCAAAUAUGAAGUGUCUAGCUUCAAAACCUGUGCAGUUAUUCCGAACAGUUUAAUACUAUCAUUGGUACCAAGUGUAUCUUUAAACGACUGCGUGUGGCAUUGCGCAUUUAGGUCGACCUGUACGGGUCUUAAUUACAAGAAAAAGUUUCCACUUUGUGAACUUUAUACCGGAAAUGAGGUGCAGGAAAAGUUGGGAAACUGUGUAUACAUCAAACGCAGAGAUAUCGAAGUUGAACAUUCUCAAUGUGACCUAGAAACUAACGGUGGGAUGACAUGUGACAUACCGGGAUCAAAUACUGUCAAAGAAUGUCCUUAUCCCGAUGUGGCUAACGGAAAACCCAUGGGAAAUGUGUUUUCUAUAGGCAGUAAACAAACCAUUGAAUGUAACCCUGGGUAUGUUAUUCAUGACACCAAUACAUUGACCUGCCUGGCAAACGGAACGUGGGAAGUCCUUCGAGGGAGUUGGAAAGAAUGUAGCAAGCCUGUUAUACAGAACGCAGAGGUUGAACUAAACAUAUGUACGAAACCUUCCAUGACGCUAGCAACCGUUCGUUGUGACACACACUAUAUAUCUAACAAGACAACAGAUGCUAAAAAUGUCAUCACUGAAGAAACAAUCAGCUGUGACAAAUCUGGGACUUGGAGUCCUAGCAUCGAUUGUAUCGUCAAUAACAACAUCCAAAAUGUGGCUAUGGAUAAACCAGCAAAUCAGAGCUCAACAUACCAUAAUCACAAUGCACAUUUGGCAACAGAUGGAAUAUGGAACACAGAAAACAGUGAUACUGGAAAAGCAUGCUCUUACACUGAUGUAUAUGUGGAGGACACAACGUGGUGGGAGGUGAACUUAUUACAAGCAUAUUCUAUCCGGCAGCUGAAGAUUUUAAACAGAGACAGUGAAUGUCCUUAUCCCGAUGUGGCUAACGGAAAAUCUUCGGGAAAUGAGUUUUCUAUAGGCAGUAAACAAACCAUUGAAUGUAACCCUGGGUACGUUAUUCAUGACACCAAUGAAUUGAAGUGCUUGGAAAAUGGAACGUGGGAAGUCAUCAGAGGGAGCUGGAAAGGUGAGAAGUAA